CGUUGACCUCUGUUGCCUCCUCUUUCUCCUCUCCUCUCCUCUCUUUUCUUCCUCUUCUCAAUUUCUAGGGUCGAUCAGCAAACUUGUCUGCUAGCGACCUAUUCCGCCCAUAUAUAUAAUCCAACAGGACCAGGAACUGAGUAGCGUGGCUCAAUUUUGGGCUAUCAUGGGAAGGCUACCUUGCUGCGACAAAGGAGUGAAGAAAGGUCCCUGGACUCCAGAGGAGGACCUUCUUCUUGUCUCCUACAUCCAGCAACAUGGCCCUGGCAACUGGAAGACUGUUCCUACUAGCACUGGGCUUCUGAGAUGCAGCAAGAGUUGCAGGCUCAGAUGGACUAACUAUCUCCGGCCGGGGAUCAAGCGCGGCAACUUCACAGAUCAAGAAGAGAAGCUCAUCGUCCAUCUCCAGGAAAUUCUCGGCAACAGAUGGGCGACGAUUGCUUCGUACCUCCCAGAGAGGACGGACAACGACGUGAAGAACUACUGGAACACUCACUUAAAGAAGAAGCUGAUGAAGAAAAUUCAGACUCUCAAUCAAGAAGGCGGCGCUGUGACCGCUGCUCUGUCCUCGACCUCUCAGCCUGCUCUUUCGAAGGGCCAAUGGGAGAGGAGAGUCCAAGCCGACAUUCACAUGGCGAAGCGAGCCCUUGAUGAGGCCUUGGCCUUGCAGGAUAAACCUACAGUAUCGCCGAUGACGAUGACCACCGCCACCGCCACCGCCACCUAUGCCUCCAACGCAGAGAACAUUUCCCGGUUACUCCAGGGGUGGAUGAAGAACAAAAGCAAUUCAGCUAAAACAACCGGAUCACAUUACUCCACCUCCACCGACGCCUCCUCCUCCUCCGCCGCCACCGUCGCGGCUAGCAAGGGCGACCUGUCGCCGGCGAUGGACUGUUCCCUGUUCAAGCUUGACUCGCCGGAGACUGAUCAGCUUAACCACGGCGACAUCAAGAUUCCAAUCCUCACUUCUUUGUUCGAGUCUUGGCUCUUUGAAGAACAGAGUAUGGAAGUAGGCCAGUUUGAACUCAUCCUUUGAGCUCCCUGUCUCCUUCACUUGUAUGGUUUUGAUCAAAGGAUCAACUUGUUCAAGGAAAUUAAUUAAGUGUACAUUAUGAUCGAUCAUCCUGAAGUGUUGGAUGGUUCAAGUGUUAGCUAGGAUGACUGUUAAGCUGUGCCACUGAAUUAUGAUAUCUAUAUAUAUAUAUAAACAGAAAUUCA